AUGCGCUAUCCGUUAUCUUUGAGUACGUUAUCGACAGUUGCUACCUUGGUAGUGAACUUGUCUCAGCUAAUUGAUCCUGCCAAGGCAGCAGCAACAGCAUCAUGUUCAGCGCUGCCAUCUAGUCCAUCACUGCAUACCAUUGCCAACGUCCUCCCGGAUCCGUUCGCAUGGUAUCCUGCACCCACACCCAGUGGCCGAGUUUCUACUCUCUCCGACUGGCAAUGUCAUCAAUCUCAGUUGUCGACAGUAAUACAACAGCUAGAAUUAGGCACGAAGCCCCCAUCACCAUCCACUGUCUCCUCGUCAUACAAUGUGUCAGGGAGCAGCGGUACACUCGAAAUCACCGCCUCCAAUAACGAGGGAAACAUUUCUUUCAGUGUUGGGAUCCAGUAUCCUAGUUCUGGUAGUGGGCCCUUUCCUGCCAUCAUCGCGUACGGAGGACCUAGUAUCCCUAUCCCUAGCGGGAUAGCUACUAUCACCUUGGACAACGGUGCAAUAGCUGCUCAAGACGACGCAUCUAGUCGUGGUAAAGGGCUGUUCUAUACCCUCUACGGCUCUGAUAGUGACGCCGGAGCAAUGAUUGCAUGGGCGUGGGCAGUUAGUGUUAUUAUUGACAGGCUUGAGGCCACUCCUGACAGCAACAUUGAUACUACAAAGCUCGGCGUGACAGGAUGUUCCCGGAACGGCAAAGGGGCACUGGUUGCAGGCGCAUAUGAUUCAAGGAUAGCAUUGACGAUCCCCCAAGAGUCAGGUUCCGGAGGUAGUGCAUGCUGGCGUCUGUCCGAUGCAGAGGAAGGAGCACCACAAGACGUUCAGACAGCCAGCGAAAUUGUACAAGAAAACGUAUGGUUCUCAACCUCGUUUAACACCUUUGCCAAUAAUGACACUAAUCUAUUACCAUUCGACCAUCACCAAUUGGCCGGCCUUAUUGCCCCGCGCGCAUUGUUCUUCAUAGACAACUCUGGCUACGAGUGGCUCGGUCCGUGGAGUUCAUGGGGUUGCAACCUUGCUAGUCAUACCAUUUGGCAGGCACUUGACGUUCCAGAUAAUAUGGGAUUUUCGAUGAGCUCGAACCACCCUCACUGCUCAUUCCCCUCGGAGCAAGAAGCUGAUUUGGAUGCAUACAUUGGAAAGUUUUUGUUGGGACAAUCCACCAACACAAGUAUCAUGAGUAAUUAUGGCGGGGUGGACUUCCCCGAGGCUCAGUGGGUGAAUUGGACAGUUCCUGAUCUGAGUUCUUAA